AUGAAUAUGUAUGAGAAAUAUGAAAAUAUUCUUCUAAAUUGGUUAGAUGAAGACAUAAUAGAUGAAGUUCCUACCAACGAAAUGAACUCUUAUGGUAAUUAUUUACCUCACCGUGCAGUGAUAAAACUAAGCAGCAGCACUACUCCAAUUCGUCCGGUGUUUGACGCUUCAGCGAGAUUAGCAAAUUAUCCAUCUUUCAAUCAGUGCUUGGAAUGUGGUCCUAAUCUCAUUGAGCUGAUUCCAAAUAUUCUUCUUCGAUUCAGAGAGGGACAGCUUGGCGUUAUAGCUGACAUCAGGAAAGCUUUUCUGCAAAUUAGUAUUCGUAAAGAGGAUAGAGACUUCCUUCGGUUUUUGUGGUGGGAAAAUAGAGAAGAAAAGAAAUUGAGAGUUUUUCGUCACACAAGAGUUGUUUUUGGGGUAAAAUGUAGCCCUUUUCUUUUAGCUUCAGUAAUUGAGUACCAUAUUCAAAAAUGUGAAGGAUUUGAAAAAUCUUUGAAGAAAAGACUUUUGGAGAGUUUCUACAUUGAUAAUGUCGUUACUGGUGUCGACAGUAAAGACCAAUUAGAUCGAUUCAUUGACAAUUCUAAAACCUUGAUGGCAAAAGGUGGUUUUGAUCUUAGAGAAUGGGAAUGGUCUGGCGACUGUGAAACUAAUUCAAAGGAAGAAACUCGGGUAUUAGGUCUUAUUUGGAAUAAGAAAUUAGACACUUUGAAAAUUAACAUGAAAUGGCUGGAUGGCAUUAAUGUGGAAAAAGUAACUAAAAGGAGUAUGUUAUCUACAGUACAUAAAGUAUUUGAUCCUUUUGGAUUCACUGCACCAGUGAUGCUCUGUCCAAAAAUAAUGCUACAAAAGGCAUGGACAUUAGGUACAAGUUGGGAUGAAGAAGUAACUGGUGAGCUUCGUAAAGAAUUUCUACAGUGGUUUCAAGAACUUAAGCAUUUGUCUGACAUACAGAUUCCUAGGUGUGUUCAAGCAUCUUCAAAAGAUAUAAGCAACUGCACUAUUCAUACGUUUGUUGAUGGAAGCAAAGAUGCAUAUGCUGCUGUUACAUUCCUUAGAAUAGAAAAUAAUGGUCGAAUCGAGCUAUUUCUACUUGCAGCGAAAUCUCGAGUGGCUCCUUUAAGAGGCACAACUAUCCCAAGAAUGGAACUUCUUGCGGCGGUGAUUGGAGCGAGGCUAGCGAAUUCAGUUGUUGAAGCUCUUGGUUGGAAAAAUGUUACGAUAUAUUACUGGAGUGAUUCUACAACAGUGCUUGCAUGGAUAUUACGAGAAGAAAAUUGGUCUGUCUUCGUUAGGAACAGAGUCCAAGAGAUAAGGAAGUUGAGUAAUCCUACAUCAUGGAGACAUACCUGGUGA